AUGGCCGGCGCUACACUUGACGUUAUGUGGUGGUGCGAUGAUACCAAGCGCAUGAUUGUACGCUUGGACAAACGUGACGCCAUGAAAGUCAUGGCCGCUAUAGCUGCCUCUAACUCAGGACCUCGUAUGACUGUCAUCAGCGACACAGCGUUUCUACCUGCUCUGACAGCAAUUGUCGGCGCUGAACCACUACCAUCCUGA